CAAGUGUCCGGUUAGUUUAUUUAUAAUGGUGGGAGAUGGAGCCACGUCUGGAUGCUUAUUCUGGCCCCUGAGCAGCGGCGCGCCGGAUGUCGGGCUACGUUUCGAUCUCGAAGGUGCUCGGCACAAUGGGACUCGUAACCCUCUGAGGGGCGAGCACAAAAGCCGGAGAGGAGCAGGAAUAAAGCCGAGUGAAGAAGAGGAGGAGGAACAGAAGAAAGAGAAGAUUCUUCCCUGGCGCUGGAGAGGGAGGGAGAUUUGUAAAGAGGGAUUUGCUCUAUCUGUCGGGGGUGCAUGCUCCCCCGAGCCCCCCGCCCUCCCACUCGGACAUCCUCCUCUUUAUUUUAUUUUCUGCAUCAGCGACGGUUCGACGAAAGGUGAAGAAUGCGCGAUAAACAAAGUUCGGGCCGGCUCGGGCUGAGCAACGGCCUCGACGUGAGACUACCCAGGACUAGAGUCGUGCUGCUGGGCGUGCUGCUCGCCGUGGCCGCGGCCGCGGAGCUGGACAUCGACGUGCUUGGCGGCAUGGUGUUGAUAGAAGCGGGCGGAGAAAGCGAGAGGUUCGACGGAGGCCGAGGCGAGCUCGAGGCCUCCAUGCACUCCUCGCUCUUGCAGGACUUCCAGGAAGUGACGGAGGGCGUCGCGGCGGCGGACGUUGGAGAAACGGCAGCAAAUCAGCAAAACGCGGCUACGCCCACGGCCUUCCCCGACUCCUCGGCGGUGGUGGGUCGGAUUUUCCGGAUGAAGGUGCCAAACAAGAUGGAGGACGUCUACCUGGGUGAUAUCGUCAAGAUUACAGAGAUGGGUAAGGACUCGCUCCCAGAAUGGCUGCACUGGGAUGCCAGCAGCAGAAUCUUGCAAGGUCUACCUUUGGAGGAGGAUAAAGGUGUUCACUACAUCACCGUGUCCAUCUCCAACCACACUAAAUCCUCGUCUUCUUCAGAGGUGUUUUCCAUCGCAGUGCACCCUGAAGAUUACCUGGAUUCAGAUUCAGCUCAGCUGACGUCUAACCAGGCGUCCACUGAAAAUGACGUCCAACAGUUCAUGUGUGGGAACGAGGAACCGGUCACAGUGCUGACGGUGAUCCUGGAUGCUGAUUUGACAAAGAUGAGCUCAGAGCAGAGGGUAGAGCUCCUGGAUAACAUGAGGAGCUUCUCUGGUGUUGGGCUUCAGUACAUGAAGAUGCUCCCUGUGGUCAACAACAGGCUGUUUGACAUGUCUGCGUUUAUGGCUGGACCUGGGAAUGCCAAAAAGGUGGUGGAGAACGGCGCUCUGUUGUCCUGGAAGCUCGGCUGCUCGCUGGACCAGAGCACAGUCCCAGAUAUCAACAGCGUCCAGGGUCCUGCAAAGGAAGGCACAAUGUCAGCCAAGCUGGGUUACCCCGUGGUGGGCUGGCACAUCGCUAACAAGAAACCUCAUGUCCCCAAACGAGUAAGACGACAACUAAACAACACUCCGACGCCUAUUCUGGUUGUGCCUCCUCCAACAACUGCAGUGGAGCCACCAGUACGAAUUAUCCCAACCCUCUCCUCUCCCUCUAUCGCUGCACCGACUGAAAGCUCUGCCCCUCCCGUGAGAGGUCCCGUCCCGCUUCCGGGAAAGCCUACUUUUAGAGUACGUGACCCUAUUGCUCACACUCCGACUACGGGACCUUCCCAGCCAACGAAGGUCAUGGAGUCCACCAGCAGCAUUGCUAUCCAGCCGAGCAUGACCAGGCCUACCUACGUACAACCCACCGCCACACCAGCCACAGCCUCCACACCCACAUCCACCAGAAAACCUACCAGGAAACCAGGAAGGAAGCAGAAGACAACCACACCAGCAUUCAGAACGCCAAAGACCCCCACAACAAAGUCUCCUAUGACCACCACAUCACGCACUGUUCCAGAUCCAUUCAACGAAAAGCCCGAGUUAAGGAACCCCAUCGACCAGGUCAAUGCAUUGGUGGGCACUUAUUUCGAAGUCAAGAUCCCAUCUGAUACAUUCUUUGACAAAGAGGAUGGAACGACAGAUAAGCUGCGAUUAACCCUUCGACAAAACCAUAAUGAAAUAGUUCCAGAGGACUCCUGGAUCCAGUUCAACACCACCAGCCAACUCCUCUAUGGACUGCCUGAUGUCCAGCAUGUGGGAAAACAUGAAUACUUCAUGCAGGCAGCUGACAAAGGUGACCUCAAUGCAAUUGAUGCUUUUGAGGUACGCGUAAACCGCUGGCCAACCAAUGACAAAACCCCCGUUAUAUUUACGGCACGAUUGGAGGGUGAGCCACGGUCUGUAACGAACAACAUCCACAAGAAGAUCCUCCUGGUUAAAAAGCUGGCAUAUGUCCUCGGGGACCGCAACAGCAGCACGGUGAGUCUAAGAAACAUCACCAAAGGGUCCAUUGUGGUGGAGUGGACGAACACCAGCCUGCCUCAGCAUCCAUGUCCAAAGGAGCAGAUCUUAGUCAUGAGCAGGACGCUGGCCAAUUCUGACGGAAGACCCUCACAGAGCUUCAAGCACAUAAUGGACCCCGAAUUCAAACCACUGGACGUCAAGGUGAAGGGGAGGGCAAGCUGCCGAAUGUAUUCCUUCAUCCCACCAGGAGACAUCGAUAUCCCAGAACCUCCAGCUGUCACUCCAGCUGUGGGAUCAAGCCAGGAUAGCGCGGAUGACGUCUACCUCCACACGGUCAUUCCUGCUGUGGUGGUGGCAGCAAUAUUGCUAAUAGCAGGAAUUAUUGCAAUGAUCUGCUAUAGAAAGAAACGAAAGGGCAAGCUUACCAUCGAGGACCAGGCCACCUUCAUUAACGAACUUGAUGAUUCCAAGCCACCUCCGUCCUCCAGUAUGCCCUUGAUUCUCCAGGAAGAGAAGCCCCCACUUCCACCCCCUGAAUACCCCAACAUGGCCACGCCAGAAACCACUCCCCUAAAUCAGGAGCUGCUGGGGGAGUACACGGCUCUGCAAGAUGACGACCCCAACGCGCCUCCCUACCAACCGCCUCCUCCCUUCACCACUCCUAUGGAGGGCAAGGGCUCCCGUCCGAAGAACAUAACUCCCUACAGAUCUCCACCUCCUUAUGUGCCGCCCUAA